AUGACGGAAUCAUUCUUAAAAUGGGAUCCUGCCCAAGUUGCCACUUAUAUCAACUCACUUGUGGAGAAAGAUGACGACAAGAGACACGGUGCCGCGUUUCUUGAUAAUAACAUUGAUGGUUCGCUUCUUCCAUUUAUCACCACUGAGCAUCUAAAAGAGAUUGGUAUUGACUCACUUAUGCUAAGGCUAAGCAUCAAAAAGGGAAUUAGUCUACUAAUAGCUGAUCAUUACAAGAAAUACCCGCCAAAGUCCUUAACGGAUAUGGAGAAAUACAGCUUGAACAACGUGGAUAUUAACAAUAAUCAUAUAACAUUGGAAUCCCUUGCACUAACGACAAAUUUGAUUCAAGACUCGGUGCAAAAAUUCAAUAGUGAUUUAUUACAAGGAGUACUUACUGAAUCGCCCAUCUCCCCUACCAAUGACGAAAUAAAGAAAUUAUCAGAGAGUUUUACUAAACUCAAAACAGAUCUAAUCCCAAUUACAAAACUUUUAAAGGAAUCUAAACCGUUGCCUACGCCAACAUUAGAUCCGGGCUCUGCAACCGUAGAAUCGCCGUCUUAUCUAUCGUAUCUACACGAGCACGAUGCUAACAGUGAAAAACGCUUAUCCAAAGAAGACUCAACACCCGAUACACCUACUACAACAUCGACAACUGCAUCAGCGGGAGCGGGAAAAGGAGCGGGAAUAGGAGCAACAGCAGGGUUAACAACAACUCCUUUAUCACGAGACCCUUCAUUCACACUGAGUCCAGCUUCAAACCGAUUUUCUUCGGGAACACUUUUGUCAAUGGGUACGGGUAAGAUAAUAUCUCAAUCGGUGUCACGUUUUGCAGAUCUCAAAAAUGCUGCUGACUUUAAACUACAAAAAGUCGGAAUUCAAAAGAGUAAUUCAAGUAAAAGCAUUGAGUCUCAACUGGUUCCUGUGACGGCAUCUGUGCCAGCUGUGGUGCGAGCUAAAUUAGGUGAUCAUAUAAGCACUAGCCCUACGAAUGUUGGCGACAUACAAAUGCAAGAGCAACAAAUAUCGCAUGAUGUUGGUAAACUAGCCAGUGCUGCAGGUCAAACUGGUUUCUCGACUGCUCCGUUCAUUUCGACCUAUCCUGGUCCUAGUACUACUAACACUACUACCACCACAUCCAUGAUUCCUCCUCCUCCUCCUCAUCCUCCUCAAUCUACCACUGCCGCAAAAUCCCUUGGUACUACUGCUGUGAGUACCGCUUUGAAUAACUCUUCAGGAAGUACCGUUCCCGUUCAUCCAUCGGAGUCACGCCCUCCUCUUUCUUCUAGUAACCUGAAAAGCUCGCAAGUCAGUAAGCACGAUGCUAAUGAACCAUUAAAGCAACUCCGAGCAUCUACUGAUGAUUCUUGUUUGAAGAUCUUACAGCAAGCGAUGAAGCGUCAUCAUAUACCUCGGGAUGACUGGUCGAAAUACGUGCUAGUGAUUUGCUACGGAGACAAAGAGAGGAUUUUAAAACUUGCAGAAAAGCCAGUUGUAAUUUUUAAGAAAUUGCAAGAAUCGGGUAGACACCCAGCAAUUAUGUUGAGGCAACUAGCUGACGCUACACCGGUAGUUGACAGCGAUGGUUCUCUUUAUGAAGACUCUAGAAUUAGUUCAGACAUCCCUGGUGGAUAUUUGUAA